AUGAACGUCACUGGGGUUCUAUGGACCCUCUAUCCGUUAAUCGGCAUCCUCGGCUUUGUAAGUAGUUCAUUCCCCACCGAAGUACUGCCAUAAAUUGUUUUAUAAUCAUCAUUUUUCAGUUUGAAUUCCUCUCAGGCCUAUUUUAUUUAUUCUUCUGCCUCCCAUUUUUUGCAUUUCUUUUACCAGUCGUUUCGGGUGUCAUAUCAUGCAUUACCUCAGUGUACGCCUUAACAAUCCAAUAUUCAACGAAGUAAGUCACGAGAUAAGAUGAGAAUUGAUUGAUUUCCGUGUUCCGCCUCCUUCCAGAUGCGAAUUAACAAUGCAAUUUAUGUCGGCGCUACUCUCAUUCCUAUUAUUUUUGAGCACGUUUACAGAAGCAGCAUGCCUUCGGCGAAGUAAGUUGCAAAAUUACAUUUUUGAUUAUAUUUGGUCCGUUCUUAUAUUAUACUAGAUGACUAAAGCAAUUUUCUAGUAUACUCUGCAAAUGGAGCUGACAGUUUCUGCGCCGGCAUUCUAAAUAGGACCUUAGGGUCUCAGAUGGCUUGCAAGGACGCCUUAUCAGAUCUUCAGCAGGACAUGCUGACCAAAAUGGGAUUUCCGGAUGCUCAUAACUUUGAAAUUGGGUUAACAACCUUUUUGGCGAUCGUAUCUUUAAUCCACUUUUGUGCCGCUGUGAUCCUGACAACCUUCAGUGCCAUUGAAACGAGGCAAGCUACUUACCUGCCCUUAUUUUAAGUCCUAAAACAUCCAAAUUGAUAUUACACUGCCUAAAUUAAUAUUUUUUUUCAGAUUUCGACUCUCCGCCCCUCAUUGGCAAGUCGUCUUUGGACUAGCGACCUUACUGAUCUCAUAUGCAUAUCACUCUUACUGUUGUAUCUUCUUUUUUGCCUACUUUCCCACAAUCGUCGCCUGCUUUUGUUUGGCCCAAGCCGCAGUUCCAUGGCAUUUCCGAGAGAAAUCUGUUCAACGACAAAUCUUUUCCAUUGUCGGGGCUGCGUUGAGUACGACGUUAGUGGCCGUUACUACAUUGGGGAUGCUUUGUUGGUUUAAUCGGUGAGUUUUGGCCUAAAGUAAUAUAAAUCAUCCAAAUUUCGGCAAAUAUAUGUUCUCAAAAACCUACAUUUUGAUUCUUUUUGCCACUUACAAUAUUGUUAUUGAGCUUCCAAUACUAUAAACACUUUAGAAACGCUCCAAUUGACGAUAAAUCCCCCGGCAUGUACAGAUUUUGCACUCUUCCCUCCCGGAUCUACCAGGUCUGCCACAAAAGUCUCGCCUUCUCCAAGCCUUAUGUGUGGUGGAAGCCGGAACAGAUCGCUCAAGAGACGGGUAUCGUCCAGAUCGCGACUUACGCACUGCUGACCAUCACCGGAUUCAUUCACUUCGGCCUUUUCAUGCAUGAUGCGUUCGGUUCGACAUGA